AUGAGCCGCCACGAUGCGUCUGUAUCGCCCAUGGCCGCGGGCCCAUGGACGCGGGUACGCCCUCCGCUCUCCUCGUGGAUGUAUGUAAUAGAUGCUUACCCCAGCCUUGGCGUACUCGAGUCACUGGGUUUUGCGCAGAUGACACCCGUGCAGGCAUCCGCAAUACCUCUGUUCCUGUCCCACAAGGAUGUGGUGGCAGAGGCCGUCACAGGCUCUGGAAAGACGCUGGCAUUUGUGAUACCCAUUUUAGAGAUUUUACUUCGACGUGAGACGACCUUGAAGAAGCACGAAGUCGGCGCCGUGGUCGUGUGUCCUACACGCGAGCUCGCGCAGCAAACGGCUGGCGUGUUCCAGCAGUUUCUCGACCAGCAGCCCGAAGCGGCGGGUGCACACGCGCGCGUUGCGGGGGUCCAGCUGUGCGUUGGUGGUACAGGUACCACGCCAUCCGAGGAUCUUGCCUUUUUCCGCGAGCAUGGCCCUGACGUGAUUGUCGGUACGCCUGGGCGUAUGGAAGAGUUACUGUGCCAUUCGGGCGUGCGGACGGCUGAACUGGACGUGCUGGUGAUGGAUGAGGCGGACCGCCUGUUGGAUUUGGGCUUUACGCAAGUCAUCCGCACGCUGCUGUCGUAUCUGCCCAAGCAGCGACGCACGGGCCUUUUUAGUGCGACGAUGACCGAGGCGUUGUCGGAGUUGGUGCGCGUAGGCUUGCGCAACCCGGUGCGGGUGGUCGUCAAGGUCGAGCUCAAGCAACGCGGCAUUGGGGGUGCCCAAGAUAUCCGCAUGCCGGCGACGCUGUCGAGCUUUUACCACGUGUCGCGGCCUGAGCACAAACUGGCGCAGCUCCUGCGCCUUUUGCAGUACGAGUCGCAGGGGACCACAGGGGCGCGCAAAGCGAUUGUGUACUUUGCGACUUGCGCGCAGGUGAACUAUCUCUUUUCGCUGCUGGCGCGCCUGAGCAAGGCGCAUGAGCCGCGGCUACAGGGACUGCAGUUCUUCUCUCUACACGGUAAGCAGACACCCAAACGGCGCACCGCCACUUUCUCGGCAUUUGCGCAUUCGACGCACGCGGCCGAUGGCGACUCAGCGGGUGCUACCAAUGCGAGUAUGCGGGUGCUGCUGUGCACCGAUGUGGCGGCGCGUGGUCUGGACCUGCCGGACGUUGACUUGGUCGUGCAGUAUGAUCCCCCAAGUGACCCGAAGGUGUUUAACCACCGCAGCGGGCGAACCGCGCGUGCCGGCAAGCGUGGGCGGGCUAUGGUCAUGCUGCAUGGUGGGCGGGAAGAAGGCUAUGUCGAGUUCUUGCAGAUCAAGCAGCUGCCGCUUCAGCCGUAUGGCUACGUGUGCCGAGAUGCACAAGGUACCUUGUCCAUCGGUGAAGAGCCGUCUGAGCGCGACGCGGAUGCGCAUGCCUUAGAAGAAGCGCUCCGUGCAACGGUGCGCCGAGAUCGUGCCUUGUAUGAGCUGGGCCUACGUGCGUUUGUGAGCUGGGUCCGAGCGUACUCCAAGCACGAAGUCGCGUAUAUCUUCCGGCUCACGGACCUGUCACUGGGCGGGAUGGCGUGUGAAUUUGCCCUGUUGCAUGUGCCGCGCAUGCCCGAGCUGCGUCACUGGCAGCUGGAUGAUACCUUGUUUGUUAAUGAGAAGGUCGAUGCCAGCUCACUAGCGUAUGCGGACAAGCAGCGUGAGAAGCAGCGUCUUGAUGCACUGGCCCGCAAGGCUGCGGAUCCUGUGCCAGAACCGGUCACGCGACGCACGACGAGCGAAGCCUGGAGUGAGCAGAAACGGCGUAAGGAGACGCGUGCGUUGCGUCGCGAUAAGAAGCAGCGCAAGCGCCAGUGGCAGCAGGCACAAGCCGCACAGGCGGAGGCGCACAACGACGGCGAGGAUGACGAAGAUGAUGAUUGGAGCGCGGACGAGCGUGCCGCGAAAAAGCAGCGCAAAGGAGCGCCAGGUGUGACCGACACGGCUGCUGCCUUCUAUGACGAUCUAUAG